ACAGCAGGUUGUUGCUGCUGAAACAUCUUUAACGUCUCCGUUUACCAUCUCGAAUGCUAACUCACAACUACGCCGAUAGAAAAAUGGCUUUGACUCAAGAAAGCAUCUUAACGUUUUUACUGGAGCACGGGGGCAAAGUGAAAAACUCGGAGCUCGUGAACAAGUUUAAAGUAGUGAUCAACUCCAGUGAUCCCGCGGUAAAGAAAGAAAACCGGGAUCUGUUCAAACGACUGAUCAACAGCGUCGCCGUGGUUAAGCAGCUCGAUGAUGUGAAGUAUGUGGUCGUGAAGAAAAAAUACCAAGGAUUCGUCAAAGGUGAAACAAUCUCGUUGAGCAACAGUUUGGUUGACAUCAAAUCACAAUGCUUUAGAUCCGAUGAAAUACAGAAUGCUGAUAUAAUCAAUAACAAUUAUAAUUUUCCUACACAAACCGCAAGUCAGUGUUCGUCUCUUAAAAGUGAUCGUUCAGAACAAAUUAAAGCUGAUUCAGUUCAUCAUGGAGGACCAUCUGACUAUAACCUUGCCAAAGUAGUUAACGUGAGUAACGUUAAUGUCAGAAGUGGACAGACUGAGUCUGUUUUCGCUAUUGUGGCCAUAAAAACUCCACCAAAACCUGAGCUGCAUUGUGAUGAAAGGGAAAAAACACAUCAAAAAGCACCAGGUGAUGCUAAGGAGAUGCCACCUCAAUGUAUUGCCGAAAGAAGCACAAAACUGAAGGAAACUUCACAUCUAAAGGAUGGUUUUCUGUACAGGUCUACAAGAACCAAACGAAAAGAGCUAGAAGCUCACAGUUCACCUCAAUUGCGAAGGUCUAGCAAAAUAUCCAGAUCAGGUAAUGAAGUUAAAGACAAAGAUGUAAUUCCUCUGGGACCUGUUGAACACGAAUGGCUUGUAAAAUCAGCAAAAGGAUGCUGGACUCGGAUCUGUAGCCUCCUGCUUCAACAUCCUCAGCUGGCAGAGAAGCGAAAUUUCAUGUCUGGCUUUACCGUCCUGCACUGGGCUGCUAAAAGUGGUAACUGUGAAAUGGUGUGUAAAGUCAUGGACGUGACAAGACAGUUUGCCGGAGGAAUCUGUGUUAAUGCCAAGUCUUAUGAUGGGUACACUCCUCUCCACAUUGCUGCCAUUCAUAGCCAUGAGGGUGUUUUAUCAUUGCUGGUGUGCAAAUAUGGUGCCAACACUAAUAUAAGGGAUAACAGUGGAAAGAAACCAUACCAUUAUCUGAGUCAAGGUGUGUCUUUUGAAAUUAGAAAGAUGCUCGGAGAUCCUCGAUUCCUGCAUCCAAAUGGUCACUGUCAGUUAGGGGAUGACCAGAAUCUCCAAGAGUUUCCAAAAGGAUUUAAGCCCUUGGGUAAACUAUUCCAGCCCCACGCUGUUGGACAUUUAAAGAAACGCAGACGUCAGCCAAGCUUUCGUUUCAUCAGUGACGACCAUUAAGACACAAAAACUCACUGCACUUAAUACAAACUGCUUCAAUGACACUAAGAAAUAUCCUGAAAGUUACUCUUAAAAAUUACAACUGUUGUACACUGUAUUCAAAAUUGUAUAAAAAAUGUAGUGUAUAAGAAUCCUUGUUGCACUUAAAUUUUUACAUUUAAACUACUUAAAUUAGUUGAAUGGUCUUAAGUUCUUACAACUUUAUUUUUUAUAAUUUAUAGCAAAUUGUAACGCUUCAAAAAAAUUAAAUUACUUUUUAAAAUUUUUAAGUUUAAUCAACUUGGAUUUACAAGUCAUUUAAACAGUUUUGACUGGUGAUGGGUUGCUGUAAUUUAUAGAGUUGACAUUUCUAAAGCAAAUUCAACUUGGUAUAUUAAAGUAAAACACCACCGUUUUCAGUAUUUUACUAUGUUCUUACCACAACUUAGACAAAUGAAUACAUACCUAUCUUUUUUCAAUGUGUAUACUCAAUCUUUGUACAGCACGCCGUGGAUGUCUUAGCAUUUAGCCUAGUCCCAUUCAUUCCUGUGGCUCCAAACAGGGAUGAAUUUAGAAGCCACCAAACACGUCCAUGUUUUCCCUAUUUAAAGACUCUUACAUGAGUAGUUACACAAGUAAGUGUGGUGGCACAAAAUAAAACUUUUGUUUGGAGCCAUAGGAAUGAAUGCGGCUAGCCUAAAUGCUAACACAUUCAAGAAGCUUUGUCAAAGAUUAAAAGUGCAUGCAUUGAAUAAAGAUUGGUAUUAAUUAAUUAAUCUAAGUUAAGAACAUAGUAAAAUAUUGAAAAACUGUGGUCCUAGUUGAUUAAACUUAAAAAUGUAAUUGCAAAAAUAUUUUUUUUACAGUUUAUGUUUUAAAAGACACUUAAUUUGUUGUAUGUUUAAUGUAAUGUGUUGUUAAUUUAACUGGUAAUUGCAAAGGUAAAAGCCAUGAACACUGUCUCCUGAUUAUGAUUUGUUAAUACAGUUUGUAAGUAAAAAUAAAAUGGAUUCAGAUUGUUUCUGUAAAACUACUAAAAAAGUGAAUCAUGCAAAGAAUGACACAUAUAUAUGAAAUGGAAUGUUACUGUACAUUAGCUGCUUGUUUUGAUUUUUAGAUGGCACUUAUUAUCAAAACUAUGUUAAAGAUGAUUAUUGUAUUGACUUAGACAAUAACUCACAGAUUGUUAUUUCUGUUGUCUUUUCUGAAGGAUGUGUCUCAGCAGAAAUGGUUCUCUUAGUAAAAAGUUGUUCUCAAACAGCAGCUCUGUCAUCUUUCUUAUCAGAUUUUUGUCCUCUGUGUAUUGACCAGAGAUAGAUUAAUGUCAGUAAAUGACUGUGUGGGCUGUAGGCAUCUUGUCCUUGAACUCAUUUUGUAGUUGCUAAGUCUUUGUGCUAGGGAUGCCAUCUGUAGUUUAGUUUUAAAUAUUUGGGUAGUGACAAGAUAUUGUCAUAUUCUGAAUAUUAAAUGCAAAUAACCACGCUGUUGAUGAUAGAGUGUGUACACCACUUAAACAGUUUUAACCUUGAAUUUAUAAAUGUUAGAAACAGCAAAUAUAAUGCCCUCCUUUGUCUCAGCGAGACAGUGAUUCAUGCAUGAUUUCAUGGGCGCUGAAGCUCAGCAUAAAUUCAUUCAAAGCCUUUUGAUUGGUGUGCAGUGAUGUGUAAUGAUGUGAGUGCUUCUGCCUCAGCUAGGGCUGCUCUUGUUCGGCUGUGGGGUGAAGGUCGUUUCAGAAAGUAUAUCUUGGGUUCUUUAAAGUGAUGCUGAGAGAAAUCUGAGCACUUUAAUUGUAUACUUAAAGCAGGAUCUUAAGCACAAAUAAUAAAAAACUCACUUUUAAAUUUGCUGGGUUAUUUUUAACCCACUGCUAAAUAAAUAUUGGGCACAUGUGGAGUUCAUAGAUAAACCUAUGGGUUGUUGCUAUAAGUUGAGACUUGAAACAACCUACCAUUGCAUUAAAAGAACCCAGCAUAUAGUUAUUUAUUAACCCAACGUGUGUUCUUUCCAAUAUUUACCCAGCAUAAAGAUAACCCAGCAGAUUUUAAAGUGCUGUGGCAAAGCUACAAGGAAUUUAAAGAAUUCCCAUUUCUUUGAUGGUGUGUAUAAAAUUUUUAAAGUGAAUAUAUGUUUCUUAGAGCUUGUAAAUUAUAACUCUCCACAUAUUAUUUAGUUUGUCAGCAUUAUC